AUGGAGCCUACAACGGAUCAAGACGUUUUGAUGCACGAUGGCGACGUGGUAGAAACGACGGAAUUCUCUUCGCGCAUCACUCAAACUCAGCCCCAAGCUCACGAUGCUGAUAGUCGAGCCAAGCUUGGACUUGGAACGCACCCAUCCCCAGUUCCUAGUACCAUUGGAAGACCGCCCUUCCAGGCCGCCGUCGCCCCACUUAAGGGAAGCGGACUGAAGCGAGAAGUGACUCUGCCUGACCAAGGUCUGCUGGUUCGCAAAGAUGGACCAAGGCCCGCAAAGUUUGCUGCAUUACCAUAUUCGACCUCCCAGACCGGACUUGUCUACGACGUUCGAAUGCGAUUCCAUGUGGAGAGCGAACCUUCCGAAGAUGAUCUCCAUCCGGAGGAUCCGCGCCGCAUCCAUGCCAUCUUUGAGGCUUUCGUGAACGGAGGCCUCGUCUGGAGCAGUCAAACUGAGACGGAAUCUUCUGGAGCCUAUUACAUGGGGCGUAUAGACACCCGCAAGGUCACAAAGGAGGAGGUCCUUCUCGUCCAUUCCGAGCGACACUGGGACUGGGUGCAAAGCUUGGCCAGUAAGACCAGUGACCAGCUUAAGGUUGAACGACAGCAUCCGGACGUUAGCAACGAUUCGAUCUACCUGUCCACAACCACGCCUUACUGCGCCGCGCUAUCUGCAGGCGGUGCCAUUGAGGCGUGCCGGGCCAUCUUCCUAGGCAAAGUGAAGAACGUAUUCGCGGUGAUCCGUCCUCCAGGACAUCAUGCCGAGCGCGAGGACGCCAAAGGAUUUUGCUUCUACGACAAUGUGAGCAUUGCCGCAAAGGUAUGCCAGAGGGAGUUUCGUGGAGAUACAGGCCCACAAUGUCGUAAGGUCUUCAUCUUGGACUGGGAUGUACAUCACGGCAAUGGCAUUCAGCAAGCCAACUAUGACGAUCCCAACGUCUUGUACAUAUCACUACAUGUACACAUGAAGGGCAAAUUCUAUCCGGAGGGAUCAUACCGAGACGAUCGACCUGUCUAUGGAGACCAUCUCAACUGUGGGAAAGGUGCAGGUUUGGGCACGAACGUCAWCAUUCCAUGGAGCAGAAGAKGCAUGGGCGACGCCGAUUACAUAUACGCCUUCCAGCAGGUUGUUAUGCCCAUAGCGACCGAGUUCAACCCAGAUCUUGUCAUCAUCGCGGCUGGUUUCGACGCUGCAGAGGGCGACAUGCUUGGAGGCUGCCACGUAACGCCUGCUGGAUACGCGCACAUGACACACAUGCUGAUGUCGCUCGCCGACGGCAAAAUUGCCGUCUGUUUGGAAGGCGGAUACAACCUCAACUCUAUUGCUCGCUCCGCUCUUGCUGUUGGUCGUACGUUAAUGGGAGAGCCACCAGAUCGACUUUCAAGUCUAACUCCUACCAAUUCGGGCGUGGAUGACGUGAAGCUCGUUCAGCGUCAGCAGAGCAGGUUUUGGGCGUCGAUGUAUCCAAAGGACAUAUCCGCAAGGUUGGCCGGACCGCUGCAUGGAGAGCGCAUGCACAACGUUGUGCGGAAGUGGCAAGCUGAGACCUUGUACGACGACUACUCUAUGCAUCCGUUGUUCAUUAAUCGGGAGCGGCUCGCAAAGGAGUUUGAACAACAAGUUCUCGCGACACCAAAUUAUAUGGACGCUCGGCCACUCCUCGUCAUCCUUCAUGAUCCUCCUGAGAUGAUCGCCUCACCUGACCCUCGAACAGGGAAGAUCGAGCUGCACAACACGUGGGUGACUGAUAUCGUGAAGACCUACAUCCAAGAAGCAGUGAGCCACAAAUUUGCCGUCAUCGACAUCAAUCUUCCAAAACAUGUCACAGACGAUUCGGAUGCCCAUAAUCACCAAGAGAAUGCGAGCACCGAGGCACGGAUCAAGGAGGCAUCUGAACUUCUGACGUAUCUGUGGGACAACUACGUCGAGCUCAGCGACGCCACCCAUGUCUUCCUCCUCGGAACUAACAUAGGUCAUGGAGCUAUCACGGGCUUCAUCAAGGCGAAUGAAGAACGCGCUCAGCGUAUGAUUACAAAGGCCAUCUCGUUUGUGGAGGACGUUCCCCUUUUGUCGUGCAAGUCUCAGACGAACGACUACUUGCCAAACUGGUACUACUCCCACUCCAUGGUCUUCAUUGCUAAAGAGCACGCGUACUUUUCCAACGAGAUUUCUAAGAAGCCCAAAAAGCGCUUCGGAGCCAUCACUAGAACUGAUGCUGGCUGCAUUAGCGACAUGCUUCUUGAGGCCAGGGAGAUGGUCUUCAGGAGCUUGCUCGAUGAAACGGAAGACUGGAGGGCCAAGGCACCGAGUGAGGACGACACGGACACAUCCUCAUCGGCUAGUCCGCCCAGGAAGCCUCCUCCGGUUGGCAACUUCGUACUUUCGCCGAAGAAGGCAGGCGGUGCGUUGACAGGGAACAUGAGUCCGAAUAUUUAA